GCGAAGAACAAGUCGCAUUCCGUACAGUUACUCCGGAUUGAAAGCUGCGGGGUGUUUGACCGUGCACUCACUACUACCAAAGUCGUUGCGGAGAUAUCAUAAUCAUUCUUUCCAUUGCACAUUGGUUCAUUGAAUCUGCAAGCUCCAUCCGAGUUACUCCUCUCCUGACUGAGCACGGGACAUUUCUUCUGAUAUCCACGGAAUCGAGGCUACAAACAUAAUCGCCGGACCUAGGAAGGGAGCAGGGAUUUCUCUGUCUCCACAUUCAUUCAGGAUGCGAGUGCUUAGCGUAGCGGCUGCAUUGCUGGUGUGUGCCGUGCUGACCAAUGCCCACUUUCGCCUCACUCACCCGGCAGCGCGUUAUCCAGACCUGGACUUCCUGGACAAUGUCAGAACCGCCACGCCAUGUGGAGUUCCAUUCGAUGACCGCGCCGGUAAUGUUACAACGCGGAGGAUCACCACCCUGGCAGCCGGUAGCACUAUCGACGUCCAAUGGCACCUGGGAUACGGCCAUACUGGAGGUGUUCAGUUCAACCUGCUGACUAAUACACACACGUACAAGCUACAUGAGCCUACCUGGGUGGCCACUAGGGAACCAACGACACAGCACUAUUCCGUGCAGUUGCCGGAAGGUGUGAGCUGUGGUAAUAGCUUGCAUGAUGUGUGCACACUGCAAGUACGACGACAGGCACUCGAGUGGGGACGCAACUACAUCUUCCACUCAUGCUCUGACCUGAAACUCGUCAACUCUGAGAGUUUGGACUGUGCAGAGCUGAAUGGUGUGACGUGCUCGGGACGUGGCUCGUGUAUGUCCGGCCGCUGCAUGUGUCAACAGCCGUACACUGGGAAGUGGUGCGAAGUCGAUCUUUUCUGUCAAAACGGUGGUGACUGCAAUGGUAAUGGCAACUGUGUGCAGGUUGGAAAUCGGACACGCGAAUGCUUCUGCAACGCAGGCUGGUUUGGCGAGAGAUGCGAGAAACGAUCAAUGAUUACCGAUCCGGUCGUGAACCCGGAUGACUACAGCAACAGCCAUGACUUCAGCGAGACCUACAAGAUGCACUGGAAGAUCAUUGAUGGUGCUGCACCAGAAAUUGAAAUCGCUCUUCAAGUCCAAACAGCUAGCUGGGUAGGCCUGGGUUGGAGGCCAGCAGGUAUCACAAGCUCAUGCCAGGCAACACCAAGAGUUCUGCCACCAGGAAAUGCGAGAAGAAGGUGCAGACCUCGUCCACCUGGCUAUCGACCUCCGCCACCAGCACGUCCCGAGGGCACAGCAGAGCCGGAAAGCCACCCUGAGGGCACCGCCGAGCCGGAAGCACAUCCUGAAGGUCAUCACACGCACCCAGAGGGAGAGCCCGAGGGAACGGCACAGCCCGAGGGAACGGCAGAGCCCGAGGGAACGGCAGAGCCCGAAGCUCAUCCAGAGGGACACGGAGAAUCAGAAACAACAGCAGAACCUGAAGGUCACGGAGAGCCAGAAACAACCGCAGAACCCGAAGGUCAUGGAGAACCAGAAACAACCGCAGAACCUGAAGGUCACGGAGAACCGGAAACAACCGCAGAACCUGAAGGUCACGGAGAGCCAGAAACAACCGCAGAACCCGAAGGUCAUGGAGAACCAGAAACAACCGCAGAACCUGAAGGUCACGGAGAGCCGGAAACUCAUGCGGAAGGCACACCCGAAUCGCAGCCCGAAGGUCACAGCCAUCCCGAGGGACAUCCAGAGGGUACAGCCGAGCCUGAAGGCCAUGCGGAAGGCACCGCUGAGCCAGAAGGUCACUCCCAUCCGGAAGGAGAACCAGAAGGUCAUUCGCAUCCGGAAGGAGAACCCGAAAGCACUGCUGAACCAGAAGGCCAUGCGGAGGGCACUGCCGAGCCUGAGAGCAAUCCAGAAGGACAUCCAGAGGAACUGCCAUUCUGUGAGCCAGGUGCCAAACCAAUGGAUAGAGUACCACAUGUGAUGGAGGAUGGGUGUGAUUCUAACGGCGAGUGUCGCCGUAUCUACACGUGGAUUGCGGACUACGACCUAAAGGUGGUCAACUUCACAAUGAGCAUGCUGACGGAUGAGCUCGAUAUCUGGAUCGCCAUUGGCAUCUCCAAGAAUAAGCGAAUGCCUAUGACUGAUAUCUCAAUUGCCUGGAUCAACAGUAGUUCCAGUGAAGCUGUCAUCCAGGACAGGUGGGCUCGAACACAUAGCACUCCGGAGUUGGACGGAGACGGAGACUUCUCUCAGAUUAGCCAUGCGUCGGGAAUGCGUGUGGGCCGCCUCUCCUCGUUUGCAUUCUCUCGGGCAUGCAGUGCCAGCAACGACUACGACUAUUCUCUGUCGGACGGUGACAACUACUUCUUCUUCGGCAGCGGUCUGGUGUACCAGGGUCGCUGGGUUGGCAUGCAUCUUGCCGAGACUCCCACCAUAUCAUCAGAGUUUGUCCACAUUGACUGCUCUCGCCCUAAGCCCACAUGUAGGCCAAGACCAGAGAGUGAGCCGGAGACCCACCCAGAAACUCACCCAGAAACUCACCCAGAAACCCACCCAGAAACCCACCCAGAAACCCACCCAGAAACCCACCCAGAAACCCACCCAGAAACUCACCCAGAAACCCACCCAGAAACUCACCCAGAAACUCACCCAGAAACCAACCCUGAAAGCCACCCUGAAUCGCAUCCAGAAUCCAGCCCCGAGACGACACCUGAAUCCCGGCCUGAAGGACAUCCAGAAUCACACCCAGAGACAAGUCCUGAAGGCCAUGCCGAGCCUGAUCAGCUGCCCUGGUGCGAUGAAAUCGAUUAUGAUGUGCCUGCCGGUACAGCUGAGCCUGAGGGACAUGGAGAACCAGAGACAACCCCAGAAUCCCACGGAGAACCCGAAUCCACGCCAGAAUCCCACGGAGAACCCGAAUCCACGCCAGAAUCCCACGGAGAACCCGAAUCCACUCCAGAAUCUCACGGAGAACCCGAGUCGACUCCAGAAUCUCAUGGAGAGCCUGAAUCCACUCCAGAAUCCCACGGAGAGCCCGAAUCCACUCCAGAAUCUCAUGGAGAGCCCGAAACAACACCCGAAGCACAUGGAGAGCCCGAAUCCACAGCCGAACCUGAAGCCCAUCCGGAGACUCUGCCGCACCCGGUGGGAGAUAUUGAUCACGCCGAGCCAGAGCCAGAAGGUCACGGUGAGCCAACGCAUAGAGCACCAGAACCUACAGAGCAAUCCGAGCCAGAGCCAACAGUAGCUCCCACCGAGCCUCCACCUGAGCCCACAGUGUACAGUCAUGGCUGCGAAGCAGGAAACAGCGAACGCUGCAGUUACCGUGGAUCAUGGCUUGCUGAUCCCGUCACUCACACUGUUGACUUUGAGUUGAGCACGACGGAAAGCGGCUGGAUUGCAUUCGGCAUCUCCAAGGACAGGAGGAUGAGCAACACCGACGUAAUCAUGGCCUGGGUCAACAAUCAAAACGGCGAUGUCCAAAUCGCGGAUGGAUAUACGCUGGGUUACUACGGGCCGCCGACGGAUAGCGAUCAGACCCGCAUACAGACCUACUCUGGAGAGAGAGUGGACGGAGUGACGACCAUUCGCUUCACUCUGACAUGCGAGAGCAGAGACGCCAUGGACAUCUCCCUGUCGGACAGCGACAACUACUUUGUGUUUGGCACAGGACCCGUGUUCCAGGGAUUGUUCAUCGGAAAGCAUGGCCGCACGCCGAGAAUCUCAUCCACUCACAUGCAGAUUGAUGGCUGUCAAGCACGUAAGCGUCGCCACGCACAUGCAGAACCGGAAGGAGAACCUGAAACCACUGCAGAGCCAGAGGGAGAGCCCGAAGCUACUGCAGAGCCACAAGUGCCAGCCGCUCAACCAGAAAAUACAGGAGGUACACGUCUGCACCCAAUGGACUGUACAGACAUUGUUGUUGGCAAGGCUCGUGGCAACACCUUCCAGCUAUACGACGCAUACACACGUGACCGUAGCACUCCGCAGCGAGACAGUUUCUACGGAGGCAUGGACAACAUCAUCGCCGCCGUGGGUCGUGAAACAGCCGAAGGAGUCACAGAGUUGAAGUUCCGUCGCAGACUUGCUACUAUGUCCCCAUAUGACCACCCGCUUGUCAAUGGACUUCAGCAGUUUAUCUUUGCUCAAGGCCAGACUCAAGGUGACUAUAGCUUCAAUGCGGUGCUUAGAAACCGUGUACGCACUGAGGCUGAGAAGAAGUUCUACAGAAACGAUGAACUGAAGUACCACGGCUUCAUCGGAAACCGAGGAGCAGCAGCUGUUGACCUGUCAAAGCUAAAGGAAGCUGUCGCCAUGCCUGGAUUUUCUUAUGGCUGUCAGGGUAGUGCUGGCUGCACGUACGAAAUGAUGUACGAUGUUGACAAACAGCUGCAAGUCGUCCACUUCACACUGCGCACAACAGAAAAUGGCUGGAUUGGCCUGGGCUUCAGCAAGAACAAGCGAAUGGCCGCUACAGAUGUCAUCAUUGCUUGGAUUGACGGCAACAACAACGCUAUGGCAGUCGAUGCCACCGCCCUGGGAUACUUCCCACCGCCGAUUGACUCUGACCAGUCCAAUGUACGCUCCGUACACGGAUCUCGUGUGGACGGUGUGACCACGAUACACUUCUCGCGUCCCUGCAACCUUCCCGCGGAUGCCAGUGACGGUCUGAACUACUCGCCGACGGAGCAGAACUAUCUGAUUUAUCCCACUGGGCCAUUGGAUGCGGGACGCACGAUGUACCGCUACCAUACCAGCACACCUGUUAUCUCCGCAGACUUGAUCAGCUUUGAUUGCACUCCACCAGCGCCGGCAGCCACUGUCGAACCAGAGCCGGAGGGAGGACACACCACACCAGAGCCUGAAGGCGAGGUUGAGCCAGAAGGCGAGGUUGAGCCAGAAGGCGAGGUUGAGCCGACGGUAGCCGCAGAGCCAGUCACAACAGGUCGUCCACUGUACUGUCCAGCAAUCGCAGGCUGUGCACAUUACAACCUAGCCACACCGGGCAGUUGCUGCCCAACAUGCGCUAUGAUGAUUAAAGAUCAGCAAUUCUGCGCCAACGCGGCGUGUCCGCCCACUGCUCGUUGCCGUGGCUACGCCAAGGCCUACACACCGGGCAAGUGUUGUCUGGAGUGCCUCAGUGCCAAACCACCACCACGCCGUAUCUCCAGAGAUCGUGGCAUGUGUUCACUGGUGCAGUGUCCGGCUGGCUCUACGUGUGCUGUUGUCCAUAACAAGCCUACCUGCCAGUGCAAGCGCAAGUGUGCCACUCCCACCGGCUCCAGUCAGGUGUGUGGUACGGACGGCAAGACGUAUGGCAACUCCUGCAUACUACGUCGCCUGGCCUGCACCGAGUGUCUGCCUCUCGACGUCCGCCACUCGGGUCCGUGCUAGAGUUCUGCAUGUACCAAGGAGCAGCUGCCACCCCACUGUCACCUGCAUUGCCGGCAUGCAAUUACGGUGCUCUGUUGCUCUAUUGAUGUGAUCGCCGGCACAGAGUCACUAUUACCAGCAGCCGACGUUUAAUGGCAUGCUCUGCAGUUAGAUUUCCAGAGACAGCACACACACGCACAUCUAGGCAUUGUACAGAACCCUAGCUGUGAGCAAUGCAUGACGAGCAGCAGAUAAUUCUACUUCACGCUCAGGUCAUACAUACUUUUACGUGUGCAGUCAUGCGCUAGUGUUAUGUGACUGACAGUACUCCAGGCAUGCAGGCAUGCAGCAGAUCAAUUUGAAUGCUAGAAUACUAUCAUAUGUGCGUGCGUACUCUGUAGCAUAAUUAUGCACUUCCUGUAACAUUAUUAUGCAUUCUGUAAGUCCAAUCGUAUUAGUACUUUGUUGACUAUCAUAAACAAGUGAAGCCAUGUGUGGCACCGAAUGCAA